CCUCCUGCACCCGCCCCAUCCCUGCACUCCAACUUCCUCCCCCAGGUCACAAUCCAAACGCUUCUGCACCCCCGGUCCCAGCUCACAACUCCCUCCAAGACCCUGUACCCCCUGCUCUGGGCCAAAAUCGUCCCCUGCACCCAUACCCCAUCCCUGACCCUACACCCCAAUCCCCUGUCCCAGGUCACAACCCCCUCCUUCAUCCAAACUCCCUCUUAGGCUUCACACAGUGCCCUGCGCCCUUCUGUACCCAACCUCCAUUCUAGACCUCCACACUUCCACAGAAGAGUUCGGCUCUUGACCACUUACCAAACUCUUAAUGGCCCCCCACCAAAAAUUGUUAACCUCCCAUCUUUUAACUCAGGGAUGGGCAUCUAAAGUAGUGAUUUCAGUGACUAAGCAAGACAGAUGUCACUGUACUUAAAUCUUGGUGAGAAAACAUGUAAUUCACUUUGGAGUAGAGGGGAAUUCUGUACUUUUGUCAGAAUUCAGCAUAGUACCUGUGACCAACUGAAUUUAUUUGCUAAAUAUGCACUUUUUAAAUUAUUCUGUAGAAUGAAAGCACUACUACUUUCCUGCCAUAUAUCAUGGCCUCUUCCUACAAAUCUCAUGCAUUAUUUCAAUCAGAUGGUGCUUAUACAUAAUGGAUACUACUUUGUGUGCUGAAGAAAAUGUAAUUUUCCAUAUUAAUGGGUGUCUCUAGUGCUUAUGCCGUUAUUGAUGGUUAUUUUUUUUUAAACAAACAUUGAAAUUAGUCACCCUCCCUCACUUGAGGCAGUGAAAAAGUGUAUAAACUACAUAGAAUAAAUUCCUUGGUAUGUCUAUACAUUUUCCAUUCUUGAUGUGUCCUGAGAGAACUCCCUCAUCCUCAAGUCUCUUAAUCAGACAUCCAUUAGCCAGAUGGGGAGAUGACAAUUCUUGCUCUAAAUCAGUCAGCCCUGCUCCCAGUGUGUUGGAAGAGCUUUUUUUGAUAAAUGCUCCCUUUUCUUUGCUUCCCUGAGGCUGUGUGCAUUGCCUCCACAGCAAUUGCAACCUUAAUCUGACAAGGAAGCAAAGGUUAAAUACUGUACUUGAAUCCAUAUCUCCCACACAUCAAAGCAAAAUAUUGGUGUUAGGCCACUGAAUUGCCCCAAACAAAGUGGAAUGUUCAGUUUAUUUUUUAAUAUCUAUAUACUAGUCCUCUCAUAGCUCUGAUUUUUACAGUCCCUACUCAGGAGAGAUUCCUGUGGAAUCACUGUCAAAUACCUCAAGAUUUUAUUCUGGUUUUGUGAUGGAAGAUGAGUUGGACUUUUUUUUCCAGAAGUCUGUAAAUGUGUGUCAUUGCCUCAUAAAUCAAGUCUGGAUAAAUUGGACACAGAAACCUGACAUUAAAUAGAGCUUCUCAGGCAUGAUUUAAAGUAAAAGCAGUUGCCAAAGUACAGUAAUGUUAGAGGAGGAGCUAUAAGAAUCUUGUAUAUUACUUAGAUCUAUGGUUUGUGUUUUAAAAAAUUAUAUAUAAUUUUGAGGAUUCUAAGUAAAUAUGCUGUAUUCUGAACACUAAGUUGACUUAACUUUAUUUGUGAAAGUUAUAAAAAAGCACUAACAUCUUUCUAGCCCUAACAAAAAUAUUUAAGAAAAAAAGCUAUUGACCUUUUACCAUAGUUACUCAGCUUCAGGAUUGCAACUUUAGGAUUGCUCAACUAGCUUAGAAACACAAUAUUUUGAUAUAUGUAAAGGACACAGUGCACUUUAAAAGACCAGAAUCAUUUAAACAAAGGGGGUGGAGCAGGGACCUUAAGAGUAAAUAUUUGUGGAGGUAAUAAAUAAGGAAAAGAUCCCUCUCAAAACCAGUUGCUCAUCUGCCUCUCAAACCAGAUACUUCAGUCUCCUUUGUCUUGCUGCAUGUUGGGUUGAAAUCAUAAAGGUUUGAAGCUAAUGGACUGAUUCCUGGUGUCACUAAUUUGCUAAACGUUCUUUUUCUUUUCUUUCCUGCUCUCUGCUUGGCUGCGAUCUUCACCCAUAGGAAUCUGACUUCCAAAGGUUACUGAUAUUUUAGCUUUUACUCUAAAUCUGAGCUAUCUAAGCUUCAUUUACUAUUGUUUCCUUGAAUGUACUGCCACUUACUGCUGCUUCUGCUCUUGCCUUCUUCAGAGAUCCAAGAUUCUCUGAACCCAAAGGAUAGAGAAACUUUUUUUUAAACUGUCCACUAUGAAACUUAGACAAGAAGUAUGUGCCAUUUUCUUGCUCCCUGUGUACUUCUUAAUAUCUGUGUACAGUGCCCUUGUAUUUAUUCCAUGGUAUUUUCUUACUAAUGUGAAGAAGAAAAAGACUAUGGCAAAACGCUUAAAAGCAAAACCCAUCUCCGACAACCCUGGAAGUCCAUACCGUGCUGUUACUCACCUUGAGUCACUAGCAACCAUAGACACCCCUGGAGCGGACACUUUGGACAAGUUGUUUGACCAUGCUGUAGCAAAGUUUGGGAAGAAGGACUGCCUUGGGACCAGAGAAAUACUGAGUGAAGAGAAUGAAAUGCAACCUAAUGGAAAAGUAUUUAAAAAGUUAAUCCUAGGAAACUAUAGAUGGUUGAACUAUGAAGAAGUUAAUCAGAGAGUGAAUAAUUUUGGGAGAGGGCUAACUGCGCAAGGACUAAAGCCGAAAAGUACCAUUGCCAUAUUCUGUGAGACCCGAGCAGAGUGGAUGAUUGCAGCACAAACCUGCUUGAAAUACAACUUUCCUCUUGUUACUUUAUAUGCCACGCUUGGUGAAGAGGCAGUAACCUAUGGGCUGAAUGAAUCUGGAGUAUCAUAUCUAAUCACUAGUGUAGAACUUCUAGAUAGUAAACUUAAGACUACAUUGUCAGAAAUCCCAUUUCUCAAACAUAUCAUUUAUGUGGAUAAGAAGACUAUCAAUAAAUCUGAAUACCCUGAAGGACUAGAGAUUCAUAGUAUGCAGACAGUAGAAGAAUUAGGAGCCAAACCAGAAAAUUUAGAUAUCUUUCCAAGCACACCUGUACCCACAGACCUGGCUUUAGUAAUGUAUACUAGUGGAUCUACUGGGAGACCUAAAGGAGUGAUGAUGAUGCAUAAGAACUUGAUAGCUGGAAUGACAGGCCAGUGUGAGAGAAUACCUGGACUAGGACCCAGGGACACUUACGUUGGCUACUUGCCUCUAGCUCAUGUAUUAGAAUUGACAGCAGAAAUUUCCUGCGUUACGUAUGGCUGCAGGAUUGGAUAUUCCUCUCCACUCACCCUAUCGGACCAGUCAAGUAAAAUUAAGAAAGGAAGUAAAGGAGACUGUACUGUACUGAAGCCAACACUCAUAGCAGCUGUGCCUGAAAUAAUGGACCGAAUUUACAAGAACGUCAUGAGUAAAGUCCAAGAGAUGAACUAUAUUCAGAGAACUCUAUUCAAGAUCGGUUAUGACUAUAAACUAGAACAGAUCAAAAGAGGUUAUGAUGCACCUCUGUGUAAUAUACUGCUGUUUAAAAAGGUAAAAGCAUUGCUAGGAGGAAAUGUGCGUAUGAUGCUUUCUGGAGGAGCACCCCUUUCGCCUCAGACACAGAGGUUCAUGAAUAUUUGUUUCUGCUGUCCUGUGGGCCAGGGUUAUGGGUUAACCGAAACCUGUGGAGCUGGAACAAUUACUGAAGUUUCUGACUAUAGCACUGGCAGAGUUGGGGCUCCUCUUAUUUGCUGUGAAAUUAAAUUGAGAGACUGGCAAGAAGGGGGCUAUACUUGCAGAGACGAGCCUAAUCCGAGAGGAGAGAUUAUAAUAGGGGGACCUAAUGUGUCUAUGGGAUACUUUAAAAGUGAGGAAAAGACAGAAGAUUUUUCUGUGGAUGAAAAUGGUCAGAGAUGGUUUUGUACUGGAGAUAUUGGAGAAUUUCAUCCUGAUGGGUGUCUGCAGAUCAUAGAUCGUAAAAAAGAUUUGGUAAAGUUGCAAGCAGGAGAAUAUGUAUCUCUGGGUAAAGUAGAGGCAGCCCUUAAGAACUGUCCACUUAUUGACAAUAUCUGUGCUUAUGCCAAAAGUGAUCAGUCUUAUGUAAUCAGUUUUGUGGUUCCUAAUCAGAAGAAGCUGACUGUAUUAGCUGAACAGAAAGGUGUUCAGGGAACUUGGGUGGAAAUCUGUAACAAUCCUAUCAUGGAGGCUGAGAUAUUGCAAGAGAUUAAAGAGGUGGCAGAUAAGAUGAAAUUAGAAAGAUUUGAAAUACCAAUCAAAGUACGAUUAAGCCCUGAACCAUGGACCCCAGAGACUGGUUUAGUAACAGAUGCUUUCAAAUUGAAAAGGAAAGAGUUAAAGAACCAUUACCUCAAUGAUAUCGAGCGAAUGUAUGGAGGCAAAUGAACUUCUGAGCUACAUUGAUUAAAAAGUUGUGCAGAAAGUUCCUUCGUAUACCCUACAGAACAGAACUCAAGCCUCAAAAUAUUGGACAUCAUUGUAUACACAACAUGUAGUUCAGACAGUACAUGAAAUCACUGAAGACCACCUUAACCUGUAAAGCCAAGAGCUGAGGGGAAAAACACUUACUGAACCAAACUUCCUAGCUGCUAGCAAAACAUAUUUAUCCUCUUUAAACAAUUUCAUUUGAUCACCUCCACUUUGGAGUUAGACGUGAUCAUGUGAAGCAGUGUGACUUGAUAAACUGAUUUCCACAGUUGCUUCUAUAUCACAUUCUACCUGCUUUCCCAUCUGUUCUUUUCUAUUUCCCCAUCUGAUAAUUCCUACAUCAGAGAAAGGUACUUGGUAAGGAGAAAAAAAAUAAACGUAUUUAAUGUUUGAACUUCUUAGUGCAGAACAUGAACAUGAACUGGGAAGACUUUAAAUACCAAACAUUGUAGCUUUCUCAAAAGUGUUGGUUUAAAGUCAUAUCUCAGGUUGUAUCCUAUAUUAAAUGAAAAAUAGUUUAACUUGAUACUGAUCUGUUAAUCAUAUUUACCUAAAAGGCCAGUACAGAUACAUAAAGCUCUUCUUUUAUAAUUUAAAGAAAAGAAAUCUGAGGUGGUUGCACUGCAUUUAGGUCCAGUUCUGCUUUGGCCCCUUUGUAUUCAGAAGCUGAAA